GAGGAGGAUAUACAGAGGUUACUUAAAAGCCCCCAACUCUUUCCAGGCUUCCUUUGCACUUCAGAAAUUCUGCAAGGGAGAAGAAAAAAAAAAAGACUAUCUGAAAAGAAGGAUGUCUGAAACAACAAACACCAACGAAGAGAAGAAGAAACCUUCUCUGAAUGGGAGAAGAGCCGUCCCAUCAAACAACUCCAAUGAUGAAGAAAAUGAGGUCCCUGAGAUAGAGGUUUUUGGAUUGAUACCUAGAGGAUUUAAUCCAAAAGAUUACCUGCACGUUGUAGACAUUCAUAUGUUCAAGGAGCCCCACGAGAUUAACAAGCAGCAGCACCAUACUGACAAGUACUACAGCCCCAAGCUGAUAGUGCGUCGGGGACAGCUUUUCCAAAUCCAGAUUGACUUCAACCGACCCUACAAGCCAGAGACGGACCAAUUCUGGCUGGAGUAUUUGAUAGGUCGCUACCCACAGCAAAACAAAGGCACCUACAUCCCAAUCCCAGUAGAUGAUGUGCUGAAACCCGGUAGGUGGGGAGCCGAGAUUACCCACAAGGAGAACAACUCUGUUCGCCUGUCCAUCAUGUCCUCUGCCACCUGCAUCGUUGGGAAGUUUCGCCUGUACAUUGCUGUCUGGACUCCCUUUGGCAUCCUCCGGACACACAGAAACCCAGCAACUGACACUUACAUCCUAUUCAAUCCCUGGUGCCAGGAGGAUGCCGUGUAUCUGGAUGAUGAGAAGGAAAGGGAAGAAUAUGUCCUGAAUGAUGUUGGUAUUGUCUUCCAUGGAAACAUCAAUGACAUAAAAUUAAGAAGCUGGAGUUACGGUCAGUUUGAAGAAAAUAUUCUGGAUGCUUGCCUGUUCCUGAUGGACAAGGCAGAAUUGGAGCUCUCUGGGCGUGGAAACCCAAUCAAAAUCUGCCGUGUUGUCUCUGCAGUGAUCAACUCCAGGGAUGAUAAUGGUGUGAUUGCUGGAUCCUGGGACAAUGCAUACACUUACGGGGUCGCACCUUCAGCCUGGACAGGAAGCGUGGACAUUCUUUUGGAGUAUUACAGUUCUAAGCAACCAGUGCGAUACGGCCAGUGCUGGGUCUUUGCCGGUGUCUUCAACACAUUUCUGAGGUGCUUGGGGAUACCUGCAAGACUCGUUACCAACUAUUCUUCUGCCCAUGAUAACAACGCCAAUUUACAGUUGGACUUCUUUCUGGAUGACAAAGGGGAAGUGGACACCAAACUUACAAAAGACUCUGUCUGGAACUAUCAUUGCUGGAAUGAAGCUUGGAUGACCAGACCUGAUCUUCCUGUUGGUUUUGGAGGAUGGCAGGCUGUUGAUGGGACACCCCAAGAAACCAGUGAUGGUAUGUACAGGUGUGGCCCAGCCUCAGUUCAAGCCAUUAAACAUGGUCAUGUUUGCUUCCAAUUUGACGCUCCUUUUGUCUAUGCUGAGGUGAAUAGUGAUAUUGUUUACUUGAGAAGGGAGAAAAAUGGAACCCAAGUGAUAGAAAAAAUUGACACAACCCAUGUUGGGCAGUUGAUUGUGACCAAGGAAGUCGGGGGUGAUGGAAUGAUGGAGAUUACUGAAGAGUACAAGUUCCAAGAAGGCUCAGAGGAGGAGAGACUGGCUCUUGAGACUGCUGUGAUGUACGGUGUUAAAAAGCAAACUACACAAGAUACCAUGUAUCAGCCACAGACGGAUGUUGACAUGGACUUCCAAGUGCAAAAAGCAGUCCUUGGCAGUGACUUUAAAGUCACUAUAACUUUCAGGAACAAAAGUCACAACUACUACACUGCUACGACAUACCUUUCAGGCAACAUAGUGUUUUAUACAGGAGUCACAAAAAAUGAAUUCAAGAAACACUCUUUCAGUGCAAAACUGGAACCCUCUUCAUCUAGCGCUUUCGAUGUUGUGAUCAAAUCAAGCGAGUACCUGAGUGACCUGCUGGACCAAGCCUCCUUUCAUUUCUUUGUGACGGCGCGGAUCAAUGAAACAGGGAAGACUCUGGCCACACAGAAGGCAACAGUCCUGGAAAUUCCCACCCUGAAGAUCAAGACCCAAGGUGAGACGGUAGCUGGUAAAGAAAUGUCUGUGACUGUGAAAUUCACCAAUCCUCUGAAAAAAACCCUGGACAAUGUCACGCUCCGCCUCGAGGGACCCGGUGUGCUGAGAACAAUGAAAAAGGAGUUCAGGCAAAUCCCAAUGAACUCUACCUUGAUCUGGGAAGUAAAAUGCAUCCCAGAACGACCAGGGUUACGAAAGCUGAUUGCAAGCCUGAAUUGUGAUGCUUUGAGGCAUGUGUAUGGUGAGCUGAACGUCCAGAUUCAGAAACCAUGAACCAAUGUGCUGCCUUCAUCUCUCAUUUAGCUAUAUUUCAAAAUAUCACGUUGGGGGAGUGGAGGAGGAAAAAGUUGAAAUCUGUUUAUUGUUAUUUUGGUCAUCUUUGUGCUGAACAACAUUUGAUAAGGAAAACUAAGUGGUAAGACUGGGGAGAGCAUGAAAAAACACCUGGAUAAAGAAUGACUUAAAAUUAGAUACAUGUAAUCAAAGGCAAUUCUAGGCCAUAUUAUUACUAUAGUUCACUUGUAUUUAAGGUCUUUUGCAUUAGUGCUGCAGGGGAAUCUGAAAAGCUCCAUUCACCAAAGAAGUCUGAACUUUAGUUUUAAUUAAGGCCUGAUAUUUCACAGAAAAGGAAAAGAAAAAGAACCCAGUGUUAUAAAUUCUUAGACUGAAUUACACAACCUUAUGGUAGAUCAUUCAGGCUGCAAUAAAAACAGGUAUUUCUAGCUAAAGGGACUGCUUUAUCUUACAAUGUUAUAAUUUUCCAGUUCAUGGAGAGCUCGCUUUGCUGGGAGCAUCUCUCAGGAUGUGUUAUCUCCAGAAUGUUCCCCGCUCCUUGUUUCCUCUUGCUGCUUCCCUAUGUUUUUUCUCUUACUCUUUCCUGCGUGCAGGCACCCACACAUACUCAUUCCUGUAUUUCAUGCCCUCAUCCCACCCCAUAUGCUGUUGAUACACUGUUCCCAUCCUUUGCUUGAUGAAAUUCCAGAGUUUUUUAUGCUCCUGCUCAGAGUUCAUCACACCAAACUUGCAUUUCCUGGUCACAUCUCCUGUGUAUGAUGUGUUCUCUCUUCCUCCUUUUCUGCCUUUUCUUCUCUCCUGAACCCACCCUGUAGCCCCAUUUCCCACCCAUGUGUGUGUCAGUGGGGUUCGCUGCCCCAGAGCACUCCAGGAUCUGCCAGCUGGUAAAUGGGGUGAAGGAGAGAGUAGUGGAGGGGGCAGCCUGAGGGUCUUCUCCUGCCAGCCCCACAAGCCUAGCAAAUAUCCUGCACUGGAGCUGCCACCUGGGGAUCAGUUUAGAUUAAACCAUGCCUGAAAGUUCCCGGGAAUCACAGCUACUGCAGAAUGAAGUCCUGUUACAUGAGAAACCCCAGGAAUAUACAGGGACGGAAGCUCAGCUGGAAAAGGAAUAAAGAUGUAUCCUGAGAGUCAGAAACUCCACAAGCUGGGUCUGCUUCCUGCCUUUCUCGCAGUAUAUUCCUCUGUGAGGUGCAAUGGGGCCUCCCAAGGCAUCGCUCCUCCCUUGAGGACCUUCUGGCUGGUCUGAAUCUGUGGUUUCCAUUAGUCUUCCAUGCAAGGUACUGCUCCAUCCUAAGCCAUGUACCCCAUUGUGCUAGGGCAGCAGGGGUGGGUGUGUGUGUAUUCAUUUCUCAUCUCCCCUGAAAUCCUUCUUGGGAUCUUUUUCCACGAGGCAAAGAUGCAUGUGCCACAAGCUGUGGCAACUCCUCUCCCCUGGCCGCAGUGUGUAAGAGCAUGUCCUGUAUAAACAGCACAGGUGAGCUAACUGAGCUUCCAAAGAAGUUAAAAGGAGCCUCAUGCUCAUUAAACACUGGGGCUUUAUUGUACUGUGUAUGGCCGUGUCAUUUUGUGGUCUCAUUAGUGACAAAGCAAGGGACAUCACUUGCCUUCUGCUCCUCUUCUUGCCACACACUGCCUCCUGCAAAACCUGUGACCAGCUGUUAAAAACAAGCAAGUCCUGGGGGGGGGAGAAAUGCAGGCUACUCUUUUGCUAAAUUAUGUGGAACAAAGCAAAGGUUCAUACCACGUCAUACGCUCAAUGAAUAUCCCUGGAUCCAGGAACACCAGACUUUUGGGGGCUUUCAUUUCAGGCAUGGGCACCCACUCAUUUUGUACAGCUUAUGUGACCACAUUAGAAACUCUGCAACAUCAAAGUCUUCCAUAUAAGUCCUCUGGGGUACAAGGGACUGAACAGUGUGUUGCAAACACAAGGUGACAAUCUCUGUUAAGUAAUUAAGCAGUCCUACCAGAGUCCACAUCUUCUAAUAAAAUUAUCCAUUUUUUGCUCUUGCAUAUAAACCUGCUUUCCAUUCCAGACUUUUUAUAACUGCAGUAUAAUAAGAAUUUAAAAUAAAGCAUGUCUGAUUGC